AUCUCCCUUGUCCCAUCCGAGCCGCCGUAGCGCUGGCGCCGCGGGAGCUCGGCAGCUCCGGUCGCCAAGGCAACGGCUCCGCGGCUGGCGGCGGGUGCCGGGCGGCCCCGGGGAGGCGCUGCAGGCCGGCGGCCCCGGCGCGGCGAGGUGGCGAGAGGCAGAAUUUCCGCACUGAUUGAUCAACCGUGAAGAAUCUGAGGAGAUGCAAGCCGGAGAAAGAACUUAAACCAGUGCCCCAGUGAGCCUGGUCUACAGCUUUACAUACGGAGACGCUGAGACACGGAGUGACCCCCUGAGAGCCCACAGCCUAUACCCGUAGGGUUUCUGAUGAGAAGUCCGCUGUGAGUCUAAUUGGAGAUCUUCUGGAAGUAAUCUGGUGUUUCUCUCGUGCACAUUUUAGAAUCUUCUCUCCAUGUUUACUGUGGCCUGCGGAGCGAUGCGACAGGCGUGAUGGAGGUCGAGUCCUCCUACUCGGACUUCAUCUCCUGCGACCGCACGGGCCGCCGGAACGCAGUCCCCGACAUCCAGGGCGACUCGGAGGCUGUGAGCGUGAGGAAGCUGGCUGGAGCCAUGGGCGAGCUGGCCCUCGAGGGCACAGCAGGCCAGGGGGAGGUGAGCACCGCAGACAAGGAGGCCAGCAGCCAGCCCGAAAGCAGCGACGGCACCGCUUCAGCUUGAGCCUGACCUUGUCCAAGGAGGCUGGAAGAGAGAACCACUGUCCCGCCCGGAACAGGAGCCCUGGCCGGCAGCCUCCUCUCUGAGCCCCAUGCCCCAGGCCAGACUGAACGACCCCUGAGGCCUCUGGGUCCCCCCCACCCCCGGGGACGCCCUCUGGCGGCAGCCCCAGGCUCCGCCUUCCCAGCACCUCCUCACUGAGCCUAGGUACGCUCCCCAGACACUGCCGCCCCAGGAUGUCACUCAGUGGGUGCCCUGUUCAGGGGCUGGGCCUGCCCCCGCUCCCCCAGAUCGCCCUCUUGGGCAGGGACCUCGUCCCGACACCAACCCCCCUCUGGAGCUCCAACCAGGUCAACACCUCCCUUUUUUAAAAAAAACACUUUUAACCUUUUUAAAACCUUUAAACCUUUUUCAGCAGACUGGGUGGGUACUGACCGUGGAUUCACUUUUGUAAAGCCUUUUUAAGCUAAACUCCGCUCUCCACGCAGCCCCGAGGCCCCUGGGAGCCUCACAAGCCCUUUUUCAGGGAAAGGAUUUUGGCUCAAAACCACAUGCAUCUGUCUUGACCCCUCUGCCCACAUCAGUGAUGCUCAGGCCCCAGGAAAUAAACGCUGGUGUCCGUGUGA